CUAACAAAAAGGGGGAAGUCAACUAAAAUGUUUGAAUUUGUAAGGGUCCUCUGAGAGGCACACACAAGUGUAUUAAUGAGGACCCACCUAUGUUUUCAUGUCUAGAUUAUAUUAUUCAUGUUCAUGAUUCAGUUUCAUCUUUGUACACUAAUUCCGUAUUUUUGUUUUCUUGCAGAGACUUCAAAGGAAUUCGGAAAAAGAAAAGGUUCUUCCAAUGGCAAGAAAUCAGAGAAAAGGAAAAAACGAAUAAAGGAAGAAAAAAUUACAAAGAAAAGAGCGACUUCAGACAAUGAAGAAGCAAUUCUUGACAGUGAAACGUCAAGCGACAAGUUAAAGGAGGGAGUUGUUGAAGAGACUUCAAAGGAAUUCGGAAAAAGAAAAAGUUCUUCCAAUGGCAAGGAAUCAAAAAAAAGGAAGAAAAAAAUUACAAAGAAAAGAGUGACUACAGACAAUGAAGAAGCAAUUCUUGACAUUGAAACGUCAAACGACAAGUUAAUGGAGGGAGUUGUUGAAGGCUUUUAUUUUAUUUUAAAAUAACACACGGUGUUAUAAUAUAUGAUGAAAGAAAGAUCAGAAAUACAUCUUAUAUAAUUCAGUUAACAGCCUAUACCCAAGGAUCUAGCAAACACUGUCAGCACUAUUCUGAACAAAACAGAAAAAGUACAAACAACAGCAAAUUUAAAACUUCUAUACUUGAGGAAGCCCGAUUAAGGGAGAAGUGAACUUAAAUGUUUGAAUUUGUUAGAGUCCUCU